UUAAGCCGUAGUAAUUCGUUUUUAAUGUGUUGUUUACCAAGGCGAAUUUGAUCUAAAAUAUUAACUUACAUCCAUUAAAUUAGUUGUAAAGUCACACAUUCCGUGUGUAAACGAUUGUUGUCUUAUCGGAACUUUUAAACGUCGUUGUUGUUUCCUUCCGGAUACCAAUAAAAAAGUACCGGCUUCGGUGUUGUUGUAGCAACCGUCGGUGGCGAUAAGUGUGUUAAAUUAAGCCUUCAUGAUUCGUUUUAAUGUGCAAUUGUUACGUGUGUUGUUAUCAACGUGGAUUUAAUCGAAAAUAUUAAUAUAAGUCCAUUACAAAUUUUUUGUAAUCGUGUUUUGCGUUUGCAUUGACGCUACUGAUAAGUGUGCACCAAAAAAAACCUCGUUGAACUUUGUUUACAUUUUGUAGCGGGAAAAAAAUAUUUGUAUUGUCAAUUUAAUUUCUUAUAACUGCGAAUUAGCAUGUCGGCGAUUAGUAGCCUCAUUCCUGCACGGUUCCUGACCAUCAUUGCUCACCUUGUUAUAGUCAUCACUAUCUUUUGGACGAGGGAAAAUAACGUGAAGGCCUGCCUGCCUCUGGAGUUCACGCAAGAGCAAUACAAUAGUGAAGAUUCCAAGUUGGUGGUGGCACUGUCAGUCACUCUUGCAUUGUUCGCUAUCGAGCUAGUUGGCUUCUUCUCGGGAGUGUCAAUGUUCAACAGCAGCCAAGGCCUCUUGUCACUGGCUGUCCACUGCAGCGCAUCCGUCUCCUUGUCGUAUUUUGUGUUUGACAAGUGGGAAUGCUGGACUUAUUGGGUUAUUUUCUUCCCCUGCAGUGUGCUGCCUGCCUUUGUGGAGAUUCUACUAUUAAUCGCCAUUUUUGGACUGAAGAAGAAGCCGUUGUGAGAGGCUGAACUCUAUUUUACAGGACUAUAAUGGAGAAAAGGCAUGCGUUGUCAUGUUUCAAUGCAAUAGUAAAGAGAGGAGUGAGAACAUGCCACCAUGUCGUUGUGAAAUGAUCACAUAUUCAUUGUAAAAUGAUAAAAACAUUUUUUUACAUUAUCCUGAAUGUUGUUUUGAUUUUUUGGUUGUUUCACCAUUGCAAUCUUUUCUACCACCACAACCUUUAUAUUUAUCGUACUAUAUAAUGCAGGAGUGUCCAAACUUUUUCCUUAGAAAAAAUAAAGCAUGCUGGGGCCAUUUUGAUAUUUUUGAUUUUCAAAACCUAUACAAUAUUUAUUGUAACCCCUCAAUUUUGGUGAAUGACAAAGGUCUCGGGGCUCCACAGGGUCUCAGUUAUUAAAGUGUAGUAAAUGUUUUAGUUUUUUGUAUGUUUAAUGCCUUUUUUUUUUUCAAAGAAACUCCUGUUUUUUUUUAAGGCAGUAACACAAAAUAUGCAACAUUUUCAAAAUGGAAUAUUUGAUGUGAAGUACU